UCAUAGGGACCUCACCAGAGCAACACCGAAGGCCUCCUCUCCACACUGCCGCCGCACAUAGUCUCCUCUGCAACGCUGCCGCCCAUGGCCUUCUCCGCACCGCCGCCACCCAUGGGCUCCUCACCGCUGCCAACUACAGCCUCUGCACCGCCGCCGACCACAAUCCCCUCCGCACCUCUGCUGCUCAUUAGACAUUUUAUGAAUAAGCACCAGAAGCCAGUGCUAACGGGCCAGAGGUUUAAAACCAGAAAGAGGGAUGAGAAAGAGAAGUUUGAACCUACAGUAUUCCGGGAUACCAUCAUCCAGGGUCUUAAUGAAGCAGGAAACGAUUUGGAAGCAGUAGCAAAAUUUCUUGACACGACAGGCUCGCGUCUGGACUAUCGCCGCUAUGCCGACACGCUGUUUGACAUUCUCAUAGCUGGGAGCAUGCUAGCGCCGGGCGGCACACGUAUUGAUGAUGGCGACAAAACCAAGGUGACCAGUAACUGUGUCUUUGGAGCAGAUGAGGACUAUGAGACGAUGCGUAAUUAUGCCCAGGUCUUCAGCAAGCUGAUCCGAAGAUAUAAAUAUCUGGAAAAAGCCUUUGAAGAAGAAAUCAAGAAGCUCCUGCUGUUUCUUAAGGCCUUUUCUGAAGCCGAACAAACCAAGUUAGCCGUGCUGACUGGAAUUUUACUGGCUGGCGGAACUCUGCCAGCUUCCAUAUUAACCAGCCUGUUCACUGAAAACAUAGUGAAAGAAGGUAUUUCUGCGUCCUUCUCCGUAAAACUCUUCAAAGCAUGGAUGGCGGAGAAGGAUGACACCGCUGUUACAUCUUCUUUAAGAAAAGCGAAUCUGGACAAGAGAUUACUGGAGCUGUUUCCAGCCAAUCGGCAAACGGUUGAACACUUUGCGAAGUAUUUCACUGAUGCGGGCCUGAAGGAACUCUCUGAUUUCCUAAGAGUCCAGCAGUCCCUAGGCACACGCAAAGAGCUGCAGAAAGAGCUACAGGAACGCUUAUCUCAAGAAUGUCCGAUCAAAGAGGUUGUGCUGUAUUUGAAAGAAGAAAUGAAACGGAAUGAGUUAGCAGAGCCUGCAGUGAUCGGUCUCCUGUGGACCUGUGUGAUGAAUGCGGUGGAAUGGAAUAAGAAAGAGGAGCUGGUAGCAGAACAGGCACUGAAGCAUUUGAAGCAAUACGCUCCGGUAUUGGCAGUAUUCAGCACUCAGGGCCAAUCGGAACUCGUCUUACUGCAGAAAGUCCAGGAAUACUGUUACGACAACAUCCAUUUCAUGAAGGCCUUCCAGAAGAUUGUAGUCCUUUUCUAUAAAGCCGAUGUCCUCGGUGAAGAAGCCAUUUUGAAGUGGUACAAGGAAGCACACAUCGCAAAGGGGAAAAGCGUCUUUCUUGACCAGAUGAAGAAAUUUGUUGAGUGGCUGCAAAAUGCAGAAGAAGAAUCCGAGUCUGAAGGAGAAGAGAACUGAGCCAGGUGUGCCUGGGACAUGUCCUGUAUUAUCCAGGCAGGCUUUCCUUUAGUAUCUGACCGAAAAUGAUCAGCUAGCAGUUCCCUUUAUUUAUAGGAAACGUGGUUUUAGUUGGUGCCCUCAGGCCAUUGGGUACUUCAGCUGGAACUCUACCUCUGCUCCGUCCAAUGUGGUGAUAGGCCAGGCCAUACAUCCAGGAGCCAGUUGGCAAGAGAGACACACAAUCUCUAUGGACUCCUACAUUUAAGUGUUUUUCAAGCACCGAAUGAACAAAACUCCAAAUUCCUUGUGUACAGUUCUUUAGUUUGUGAUCGUAGCGCAAUAUCUGCUUGUGUAUGUGAUAUGAAAUACUUUUAUUUCCCUUUUUGAAUAAAGGCUUUUUAUUUCUAA